UGAUCUGGUAAGUCCCCGUUCGGGUGAUAGAAUCACAGCUUUUGGUAGUUGGUCUCCUACGCUGAAGGUGUUUAUUUGCAUAUUUUUCCGGAGCAUUCCAUCUUUGAAAACAAAAAUGCAACUCUCUUUCCACAGCAUCCGUUCUUUCCAACCCCAUUAGCUGCUCUUUCCCAUUUUCUGACGACUUGUAACCCUUUUGGCCCAACUCUCAGAGACUCAGAGCAUCGUUCUUCUCCCCUAAGUCGAAACAAAACUCUAUACUUUUUUCUGUAACUUCACGUGAAAAAACACCUUUUCCUGGAAUUCUUCUCGAUUUCUCAAUGGGAAGGACCGGAUUGUUUGACCUUGAGAAGCAUUUUUCUUUCUAUGGCGCUUAUCACAGCAACCCAAUCAACAUAGCUAUCCACAUGAUGUUUGUUUGGCCAAUCUUCUUCACUGCUCUUCUUAUUCUUUAUUUCACGCCUUCCCUGUUCAACCUCCCUCACAUCGAGUUUUCUCUGCUUGGGAUACAUAUUAUCCUGCUUUUGAACAUUGGGUUCUUGUUAGCUUUGAUCUAUUCGGUGUUUUACGUCUGUUUGGAUGUGAAAGCUGGGUCCUUGGCUGCUCUGUUAUGCGUCAUAUCUUGGGUUACUAGCAGUUUUAUUGCGAGUCGACUCGGGUUUUCACUCGCUUGGAAGGUUGUUUUGGUGGCUCAGCUAGUGUGUUGGACUGGACAAUUUAUUGGCCAUGGUAUUUUUGAGAAACGAGCACCAGCUCUUUUGGACAACCUUGUUCAAGCCUUUAUAAUGGCUCCUUUCUUUGUGUUGCUGGAGGCACUUCAGAACUUCUUCGGUUAUGAGCCAUACCCAGGUUUUCAGGCAAUAGUGCAUGCAAAGAUAGUGGCUGAAAUUGAUGAAUGGAAAGACAAGAAGCAGAAAUUAAUUUCUUAGCUUGUGCUAGUGUUUCUGUCAUCACAUCUCCCUUCGCUUUAGUUUCCAGGAAAAAAUGGAACCAUAAAUACUUUCGUACUUGUAUGUAUAUAAUAUAAACAUUAUGACUUAUAAGCAUCAGAUCAGGUUAGAUUUGUGAUUUUUCCUUUUUUGGAUAGCUUCAGAUAUAAGCUAUGAAAGAGUGCAUGAAUUUAUAGCUUUCGCCGAGUCUGGCACCGUUUAUUUA